GCAGCUCCCUCCAAGAUGGCGGCGGCGACGGCGGACCCGGGAGCUGGGAGCCCGCAGGCUGGAGAUUCCUCUGGCGGGGGCGCUGGGGGCGGGCUGCCGUCCCCAGGGGAGCAGGAGCUGAGUCGGCGCCUGCAGCGCCUGUACCCCGCGGUCAACCAGCACGAGACGCCGCUGCCGCGCUCCUGGAGCCCCAAGGACAAGUACAACUACAUCGGCCUCUCCCAGGGCAACCUCCGCGUCCACUACAAAGGUCAUGGCAAAAAUCACAAAGAUGCUGCCUCAGUGCGUGCCACCCACCCCAUACCUGCUGCCUGUGGCAUUUAUUACUUUGAGGUGAAGAUUGUCAGCAAAGGAAGAGAUGGGUACAUGGGAAUAGGACUCUCAGCUCAAGGCGUCAACAUGAACAGACUUCCUGGUUGGGAUAAACAUUCCUAUGGUUACCACGGCGAUGAUGGGCAUUCGUUCUGCUCCUCUGGGACUGGCCAGCCCUACGGUCCCACAUUCACCACAGGAGACGUGAUUGGCUGCUGUGUCAACCUCAUCAACAGCACCUGCUUCUACACCAAGAAUGGCCACAGCCUUGGUAUAGCCUUCACAGACCUCCCGGCCAACCUCUACCCCACCGUAGGCCUGCAGACACCUGGGGAGAUUGUGGACGCCAACUUUGGGCAGCAGCCCUUCCUGUUUGACAUUGAGGACUACAUGCGGGAGUGGCGUGCCAAGGUCCAAGGCACUGUCCAUUGCUUCCCCAUCAGUGCCCGGCUUGGAGAGUGGCAGGCAGUGCUGCAGAACAUGGUCUCAUCUUACCUGGUGCAUCAUGGGUAUUGUGCCACGGCCACAGCUUUUGCCCGAAUGACUGAAACCCCGAUUCAGGAAGAACAAGCAUCCAUAAAGAACAGACAAAAGAUCCAGAAGCUGGUGCUGGAGGGCCGUGUGGGUGAGGCCAUUGAGACCACACAACGCUUCUAUCCAGGACUGCUGGAGCAUAACCCUAACCUGCUCUUCAUGCUCAAGUGCCGACAAUUUGUGGAGAUGGUGAAUGGGACUGACAGUGAGGUCCGCAGCUUGAGCUCCCGAAGCCCCAAGUCCCAGGACAGCUACCCUGGCUCCCCCAGCCUCAGCCCCCGACACGGCCCUAGUAGUUCCCACAUGCACAACACAGGAGCAGACAGUCCCAGCUGCAGCAAUGGCGUCGCAUCCACGAAGAGCAAACAGAACCACAGUAAAUACCCUGCACCCAGCUCCUCCUCCUCCUCCUCAUCCUCCUCGUCCUCCUCAUCCCCAUCCUCCGUCAAUUACUCCGAGUCCAACUCAACAGAUUCCACCAAGUCCCAGCCCCACAGCAGCACCAGUAACCAGGAGACCAGUGACAGUGAGAUGGAGAUGGAAGCAGAGCAUUACCCCAAUGGUGUGCUGGAGAGUGUGUCCACACACAUUGUCAAUGGCGCCUACAAGCAUGAGGACCUGCAGACAGAUGAGUCCAGCAUGGAUGAUGGGCAUCCUCGGCGGCAGCUCUGUGGGGGCAACCAGGCUGCCACAGAAAGGAUUAUCCUGUUUGGUCGCGAGUUGCAAGCACUGAGUGAGCAGCUGGGCCGGGAGUAUGGCAAGAAUUUGGCCCACACGGAGAUGCUGCAGGAUGCAUUUAGCCUGCUGGCAUACUCAGAUCCCUGGAGCUGCCCAGUUGGCCAGCAGCUUGACCCCAUCCAGAGGGAGCCUGUGUGUGCUGCCCUCAACAGCGCCAUUUUAGAGUCUCAGAACCUGCCAAAGCAGCCCCCUCUGAUGCUCGCCCUGGGUCAGGCAUCUGAAUGUCUACGGCUCAUGGCCAGAGCGGGCCUGGGAUCUUGCUCCUUUGCCAGAGUCGACGACUACUUGCACUAG